GAACAGGCGAGAUGACAGUGAACAAGAAUCUGUAUGAAUUGCCAAUGUUGAAGAAGAUGCACUUUUCUUGCAUGCUCGCCUUUCGAGGUUGUCGAACGCCUCUUUGUAUGUUUCCCAUAUCCAUGAAAUGAAACUCUCCCGUAUUGUCAUUAGUGUAUGAAUGCCGCAUUUAAUUUGGUGAUCGAAUGGUGGUUGUGGCGAUUGAUUGAUGUCCACCCCCAAUUUUAGGGAUUGGGCCUCAAUUUGGGGAUUUUUUUUUUAACUUUCUUAGGACGACUGAAAAAAUGGGGCAAAGGCGAAGAGAUUUUGGGCGAACGAUUGUCCGUCGUUGAAUUAUUUUUGGAUUUCUGCGGUUCGCGAGAAUUGAUUAAGAGAAACUUUGGGGCCUAAUUUGUGGAACUUGUUUCUGUGAUUCCUGGGAAGUAUCGGAACCUUGUCGCUGGAACUCCUGGAUUUUCCGGCGAAUUUAGGUUGCGGUAUUGAAGGAUUGAAUUGAAUUGAAUUUUCCGGGGGUUUCAGAAAGGGGGAAUUGCCUGAAUUUGAAAAUUUUCAGUUUCUUCUCCUCGAAUUGAAAAUCAGCUGUUGUGUUCUUUUCUUCUCUCUAUUUUUUUAAUCUUUUGGCGUUUCGGAUUUGGAAAAGCCUUUUGAAGCCGCCUGUGUUGUUCCUGUCUUUGUCAAGGAUUUUUGCUGUGGUUGAUUCUACAGGAAUUUGGAUUCGAUUUCUGCGUGAAAAAUUCUGAGAAAUUGUCAGCGCUGUUGAUUUGAUCUGCUAUACAUCUGUACAGAAACUCAUCGAUCUACCGAACGUGUUCCUACUUUGAUCUUUGGUUGACUUGUUGAGUUGAAUUAGAGAAUCUGUGGUUUCAUCCAUUUUUCUUUUUCUUUUUCUUUUCUUUUCUUUUUAGUUCUGUUUUUUUCUUUGGUUAGUUGUGUCGAACCAUGAGGUUCCUGAGUCUUGUGGGUAAUUCUUUUGGAUGCACUGCUUCUGGUGAACGUCUCGUCUCCGCCGCUAGAGACGGUGAUCUCCAAGAAGCCAAGGCUUUGUUGGACUACAACCCUCGUCUCGCGAGGUAUUCCACAUUCGGUGUCCGGAAUUCGCCGCUGCAUUACUCUGCAGCUCAAGGUCAUCAUGAGAUUGUUUCACUGUUGCUCAAAUCUGGAGUUGAUAUUGAUCUCAGGAACUAUCGCGGACAGACAGCUUUGAUGCAAGCUUGUCAGUACGGUCACUGGGAGGUUGUUCUGAUUCUAAUGCUUUUCAGAGCCAAUAUUCACAAAACAGAUUACCUGAAUGGAGGAACUGCGCUUCACUUAGCUGCCCUAAAUGGCCAUACUCAGUGCAUCCGGCUUCUCCUCGCCGAUCAUAUUCCUAGCAUCCCUAAUGCAUACAGUAUCUUAAAAAAAAGAUCGACACACAAUGAAUCCGUUUCUGAAUUUGAUGUGGGUUCUCUCCGUGCAAUAAUUAAUAAACCUGCUGAUGGCGGUGUCACUGCCCUUCAUAUGGCUGCCCUGAACGGCCAUGUGGAAACCGUUCACCUCCUUCUGGAACUGGGUGCAUCUGUGUCUGAGGUCACACUUCAAGAUGGGGCUACGAUUGAUCUAAUAGGUGCCGGUAGCACUCCGCUCCACUAUGCCGCAUGCGGCGGCAAUGCACAGUGUUGCCAGCUUCUGAUAGCCAUUGGCGCCAGCCUGACUGCAGAAAAUGCCAAAGGGUGGACUCCAUUGAUGGUUGCUCGUUCGUGGCAUAGAGAUUGGCUUGAGGACAUUCUAACCGAACAACGUCGGAGGCAACUAAGAGUUGGCCCUACACCUUACUUAUGUCUUCCUCUCAUGAGCAUAAUUAAUAUAGCUAGAGAAUGUGGAUUGAAAAGUUAUGAUUCGCCAUCCACAUGCUUAGACCCGUGUGCUGUUUGUUUGGAGAGAAAAUGCACCAUCGUUGCCGAAGGUUGUUCCCACCAAUUCUGCACGUGCUGCGCGCUCUACCUAUGCUCCACAAACACGACGCCGUCGGGGGCAUCCCAAGUUCAACCCGGCUCGAUCCCGUGCCCCCUCUGCCGCCACGGCAUCGUUUCUUUCGCCAAACUUCCCGAAACGCAUCCGGCGUCGUCCCAACCGAUGGCAAGGACAAAGUCGCUGCCGUUCUGCGCGUGCUCGGGUGAAGCCCCGGAGCAGGCGGCCAUGGAGACGCCGUUCUUCCCGUGCGCUCGAGGGACGCUGACCUGCCAGAGCUUCCCGGCCGUGAAGUUCAGCCCGAUUCUUUGCCUCGGCGCGCCUGACGAUGCCGCCAGCCCGGCCCUCGUGGCAAAAUCUGGGGAGCCCGAGGCCCGGGGGAUGCGGUGCUCGAGCUUCCGGAAGUCGGGUUCGCAGAACGACGGGCACCGGAGAUGGCUCUGCUCAUUCACUCAGACUGAAAGCAGCUACUGAGAGGCGGAGGGGAAGGUAUACUAUACUGUAUGUAUGUUAAAAAUGUUACCGUCGCCUGUGAAAGUUUUUAUUUUUAUUUUUAUUUUUUAAUAUAUAUAUAUAUAUAUUUUUAUAUGUAUAUUGAUUGUUAUAUGAUGUCUCAUGUCUGAUUGUGAGUUUGUUGAUGAAGGUGGGACAUUGAAAUUAUUUCUUCAUUUUUUAAUUUAUUAUAGAUGUCGAAGUACAAAAGACUUU